ACAAAUGUACAAAAAUGAUACGUAAAUAGUAAACGGGGAAAAAAGAAAAAAAAAAAAGAAGAGAAAAAAAAUUAUACAAAAUAAUGAUCAAAAUUUUUAGUGCAAUUUCACAAUAUUCAAACGAUGAAGUGUUACCGUUUGUUCGUCCAAAAUGGGAAUCUAUUGGAAAUUUAUAAUUCGGAAUAUGGUUGAGCAAUGGAUGGAUCAGGUGAAAUAUUAACAAUUUUCAUAGGGCAGGCUGGCACGCAAUUAGCAAAUGCCUGUUGGGAAUUAUUUUGUCUGGAACAUGGCGUGUCCCCCAAUGGCUGUCUUCGCCAAGGUUAUUAUCCAACGGAUCCUACUAUGUGCGCCUUCUUUUCAGAGUCGCAAGUAAGAAAGCUGACCCCGCGAACGAUGAUCAUUGAUCUGGAGCCAAGUGUGAUCGACGAGAUUAAAACGGGCGAUUACAAGCAACUGUUCAGCCCGGACUCGUUGAUCACCGGAAAACAAGACGCCUCGAACAAUUACGCGAGAGGUUACUACACGAUCGGUAGAGAGGCGAUUCCUCUCGUGUUGAGUCGUAUUUCCAAGAUGUGGGAAGCGUGCUCGAAGCCGGUUGGAUUCAUCGUAUUCAGAUCGAUAAGCGGCGGUACCGGAAGCGGUUUUGCCUCCUUGCUGCUUCAACAAUUAUCAGCGGAUUAUCCGAAAACGAUCACCCUGGAUUUCGUUAUUUAUCCAUCCCCCAACAUAUCUGCAGUUAUCGUGGAACCGUACAACGCGUUAUUCUCUACCCAUAGUUCAUUGGAUCACGUGGACUGCUCCUUCCUCGUUGACAACGAAGCUCUGUACAACAUCUGUGCCAGCAAUUUGGACGUGAACGAUCCAACUUUCACCAAUUUAAAUCGACUGCUAGCUCAAAUUACAUCCAGCGUCACGGCUUCGAUGAGGUUCGAGAGCGCUGUGAACGUUAGCCUCCAAGAAUUGCAAACCAAUUUGGUACCUUAUCCAAGAAUUCAUUUCUCCUUGACCACGUACGCCCCCCUGAUCUCUCCUAGAAGGGGUUUGUACGCUGAAAUUACCACCCAGCGGAUCACCAACGAUUGUUUCAUACCUUCGAAUCAGAUGUUGUCGAUCGAUCCACGUAUUGGAGCUUAUACCAGUUGUUGUUUACUUUAUCGUGGAGAUGUGAGCGCAAAUGACGUUAACAGAACGAUCGCGUCACUGAAAGGGGCAAAGUCGAUUCGUUUCGUCACUUGGUCUCCGACCGGGUUCAAAGUAGGUAUUAACUAUCAGCCAACCACGACCGUGCCUGGCGGUGAUCUGGCAAAAUCGAACAGGACGGUGGUGAUGAUCAGCAACAACACAGCUAUGAGACACAGAUGGUCGAUGCUCACCCGGAAAUACGACUUGAUGUACCAGAAAAGAGCUUUCUUUCAUCAUUACAUAGGGGAGGGUAUGGAGGAGGAUUUUUUCAAAGAGGCACGGGAGGACAUGAUGACUCUGAUCAAUGAUUACAAAGAGAUCGAGAAGUGAUCCUCAAGCUUCUUCGCUCGAGAAUUUCCAAUUUAAUAAUGUUUCUCUUGCGUGGGGAUCUCUCUCGUGCGAGAUAAAGAUUCGCUGUACUUUCUUUCAACAAGGUACAAAAAAAGGUGGUAAAUAGAGGAACAAAGAAUUUCAAAAUAUUUGCUGCAACCGUGGUACGGUUGAAGGAGCGUUUGAUUUAUUUCUAUUAUUUCAGAGGAGAAGAAGAAAGUGUGAUUGCACGAGAUAAGAAAGAAUCGCGCGAAGAUAAACGGACAGCCAGUGGUAGACUCGCUGGCACCAAUGGGUACAACACGAGCGAUCGUGUAAUAUUGACUUUCACCGUUACAUUUGGCACCGACAUACAGACCAUCGAUAAGGAAUCACGCACUUUUCGAUCUGAACCUGUGGAUACCUGCAUGUUCCACACUAUCGAACAAGCAUAUAACAAAAUUAGGCCUUGUUGUAUUCGUGUAAACGACGUGCUAAUGAUAAGCGGUAUCGGGUGAUUGGUAUCCCCUGACGAUAUCAUUCGCUGUCAUCCGCUUUGUUCUGGAUAUAAUCGGUCAUUUAUCUUCGUUAUCUUCCAACAAUUAUUAAAAAUUUCGAAAAAAUAAACAGGAAAAUCGUGAGAUAUUAUAACGAAGGAGCAACAACAUCCUUAUUAUUAUAUCGCGGCUAUAAAGUGUACAAAACGUCAAAAAAAAAUAUACCGAUUUCAAAAACUUACAAUAAAAUAAAAAAUCGUAUUCUGCCUUUUCACGAUUAAAAAAAAAACUCUUCCCCUCGAAAUUUCUUCCCUGAAAUAAAUUAAUCUGUUUCUUUCAUCGUGAUCGAAUUCGAUAUUUCCUUUCGUUCCAAUCUCUGAAUCCAGAUCGAUUGAGAGAUAUCGGAAACCCGAUUUCGAUCGAGAAACUCGUGUUACCGAUAACGCGAACACGAUAAAUGCGUCCCGAUCGGCGAAUAAUCGAACGAAGGAUCACGGCUCCCCAACGAAGAUAUAACCACUCGAAAACAUUAUCGUUCACGCAUUGCUCUCGACCAAGUGUGUACACAAGAAGUUCAUUACGCAUUACAUAAUUUUCCUCCAACGCAAUUGUACACCUCUCAUUCUACUCCCCUUCCAAUUUAUCCGUCCAACCUUGAUUUCGGUGUACGAACGGUGUUGUGUACAUACCUCCGCAAACAUGGAUCGGUUAUUAAUGGGAAUGGCAGACAGAUAGGAGAGGAAGAAGCGUGGCACGAGCUCCGCUUUUAUCGAAAUCGACGAUCGUCUAUCUCGAUCACGUCGUCCCCUCUCCACUUCCCUCCGCGACGCCACGAAAGUUUCACGUGAAUCAUAUUGACCGUCUUUCUCUCUCUCACUCUCUCUCUCGGCCACGUAUCAUUGCAUCGCCUUCUUUGCACGCGUUUACACGCAUCGUUUUCUUUUCCAAUUACGUAGCGUUGCGGCCCCAAUGAACUUGACGACGAUUUCUUUCUUCCGUCGAAUUAAAUUUUCCAUCGAUCGUCCACUGAUGCAACUUUUCUUCUUUCGUUCUUUUCUUUCUUUCUUUUUUUUUCUUUUUUUUUUUUUAGAAAAA